CGGCGAUGGUGAACGUCAGCUUCUACCGCAACUAUGGGAAAACUUUCAAGAAGCCACGGCGGCCAUUCGAGAAGGAGCGCCUGGACGCGGAGCUCAAGCUGGUGGGCGAGUAUGGCCUGCGCAACAAGCGCGAGCUGUGGCGACUCCAGUACGUGCUGAGUCGCAUCCGCAACGCCGCGCGCCACUUGCUCACGCUGGACGAGAAGAACCCGCGCCGGAUCUUCGAGGGCGACGCGCUCCUCCGCCGGAUGCAUCGCUAUGGGCUGCUCGAGGAGGGCCAGAACAAGCUGGAUUACGUGCUGGCGCUCACCGUGGAGAACUUCCUCGAGCGCCGGCUCCAGACUCUGGUGUUCAAGGCGGGCAUGGCCAAGUCGAUCCAUCACGCGCGCGUUCUCGUCAGGCAAAGGCACAUCAGGGUCGGGAAGCAAAUGGUGAACGUUCCAUCCUUCCUUGUCCGCGUCGAGUCCCAGAAGCACAUCGAUUUUGCACUGACGAGCCCGUUCGGAGGUGGCGGCCCGGGGCGCGUCAAGAGGAAGAACAUGAAGGCGGCAUCGAAGAAGGCCUCUGGCGGUGGCGACGGAGACGAAGAAGAAGAGGAGUGAGCGAGCGUGCUUCCGUUUCCAUUUUCCAGCGGAGAUCUUCCUCGCAGCUAAGUCUAGUUAUUAAAAUCUAAUCGUUUGAAGAGAACAAUAUAACGCGAUUUCUUGCGAGGGCUCUACACUCCACAAAGAUCAUGAAGGUCGAAGAGAUUGAGCGCCUCAUGCUUGAGCCGCUAUCCCCAACUCCAAGCUGCUUCCUUUCUCUCUCCCACUUUGAUAUGAAAUACAUCUUCCAUCCCUAUAUGCAAGGUGUUGCGUUCUAUCCAGGCUCUCGCUCGGACGUGCAGAACGAGAGCUUGAUCCACCAAGCGAGGCUCUCACUCUCUAAAGUUCUGCUCCACUUCUACCCAGCAGCUGGGCGCCUGGCGCUCUCCAGCGAUGGCAACUCGUAUGGAAUCGACUGCAAUGCCGCUGGUGUCGAGUGGACAGUGGCAAGAGCCGACUUUCCGCUUGACAAUCUCGACUACUCUCAGCCAUCGCCCGACUUCUCGGCUCUGAUUCGAAGUGGCAAGUAUGGAAGCUCUGCGGCACCACUCGGAAGCCCGCUGCUAAGCAUCCAGGUGACAAGGUUCUCGUGCGGAGGCAUUUCGGUGGCUUGGGCUGCGGACCAUGCACUAGCUGAUGGAACUGGCCGGGUGCAUUUCCUAGUAUCUUGGGCAGAGAGUUGUCUCAAAGGUGAGAUUAGCCAAGUUCCUCGCAUUGAUCGAGAUCUCGGGCCCCAGCAGCUGGACUACCCGAGAGCAAGUGAUUUCUCGCCGGUUGCAAGCGGCGGCCAUGAUCUUCCAAAGUCCGGUAACAUAGCGAUGAGCGGUCGAAUCUUCUGCUUCGAGAGAGCCUACAUUGAAAAGCUCAAGGAGAUGGCCGGCGUGGGGUUAUCGAGAUUCACAGUGCUAUGUGCUCACAUCUGGAUCAACAUGUGUGCAGCGAGGGAUCUGCCCGAUUCCACGAGCACCACCAAUUCCAUGGCAGCCAACUGCAGGAAAAGGCUAGCUCCUCAGCUGCCGGACGACUUCUUUGGGAAUGCAGUGCUCCACGCGGUGGCAACGACGACUGCUGGUGAGCUCCGGAAAGGUGGCCUCCGCCAUGCUGCAAGCUUGCUGGAGGAUGCAGUUUCGACGAGCUUUGGCAUGGAGGGGAUCACGAAGAAGCUUAGCUCCAAGGGCAUUGCAGCGGACAAGCUUGGCAGGAAUUGUAACAUGUUGUGCUCGAGCUCGCCGCGGUUCCGGUACUACGAGAUUGAUUUGGGAUGGGGGAGACCAGAAGCCGUGCGGCAUGUUGGAUUGGAGAGGCUUGGAUUGGAUGGACUUUGCAUGUUCAAUCCUCAUCCAAGAUCACCCCAGGGGAUUGAAGUCACCAUAACUUUACCAACAUGGACACUGGAGAGGUUGAGACGUCUCCUUGAAGACGCGUGGAGCGCAUACUUGUCUUGUGAAACCAAAUGAUAAAUAAGUGGAGACAUAAUAGCUGAA